AUGUCCCUCUCGCACACGGCCGCCGAGUACAUGCUCUCCGAUGCUCUCCUCCCGCAUCCCAGCGGUUCCCGAGCCAAGGGCCUGCGGCUGGAGCUGCCGAGCGAUCGCCUCCUGAAGUUCGUCACCGUGGGGCUGCCCCUCUUCCUCGUCUCGCUGGCUUUCGCCCAGGAGUUUUCCGCCGGCUCACAGAUCAGCUGCUUCUCCCCCACCAACUUCACCGGGAAGCAGUCUGCCUAUGCCGACACGGCUUGCUGGGACUCCCUCCUCCACCACAGCUUCGACGCCGAAGGACGUGCCGUCACCAAGUCCCUCUGGGCCCUCAAGGUCUUCCCCUACUCGCUGCUGGUGGUGGCGUACAACCGCUCCGUGCGCCUGGUGCAGCACAUGAGGAAGGCCCAGCAGGCCAGCGCCGAGCCGGAGCGAUUCUGGGAGGAAUACGAGAGGGCCCGUCGGGAGAGGUACUUUGAGUUCCCGUUGCUGGAGCGCUACCUGACCUGCAAGCAGCACGCCCACUCCCUGGCCUUCGUCUACAUCCUGCGGAACCUGCUCCUGCUCUUGUUCCUGGUUGCCACCUGCCUCUACCUGGUCUUCCUCCACCUCAACAUCUUCUUCCAGGACGAAUUCAGCUGCUCCAUCAAAACGGGGCUGCUCCAAGCAGAGCCCCACAUCCCCCUGCUCAUCCCCUGCAAGCUGGUUUUCUUCUCCGUCUUCCAGCUCAUCAGCCUCUCGGUUGGCGGCGUCUACGUCCUCCUCGUGCCCGUCGUCGCCUACAACGCCCUGCAGCUCUGCCAGUGGCUGCUCGCCGUCUACGAGAUGCUGCCCGCCUUCGACCUCCUCAGCCGCAAGAUGCUCACCUGCCCUGUCAACGACCUCAACGUCAUCCUCCUCUUCCUCCGGGCCAACAUCUCUGAGCUGACC